AGUCUGACAGGACAAACAUCUCAACUGGUUUCACACAGCGAUAGCAAAUGUCUAUGUCAAGCAAACACUCCUCCCUGUUCACUAAAAUAAACCGUCAGCUAAGUCCUGACUCAGAUUUUGCAUACACUCACAGAGGGACAGACAAAGCUAUUCCUCUUCAAGAAUAUACGGCAAAAUGGUAUCCCAGAAAUGUCAAAUCCUGGGCCUCGUUCUGGCACUGAUUGGAUUUGUGGGCACCAUCAUCAUCUGUGGUUUACCGGCCUGGAAGAUGACGGCUUUCAUCGGAGCCAAUAUCGUGACGUUCCAGGUCUACUGGGAAGGCUUAUGGAUGGAUUGCGUGAUUCAAACCACAGGCCAGAUGCAGUGCAAGGUCUACGACUCCAUGCUCAUUCUUCCUAUCCAUCUGCAGGCAGCUCGAGCCUUGAUCAUCGUCGCCCUUGUUUUUGGAAUCAUUGGAAUUAUUGUAACCGUCAUCGGAGGCAAAUGCACCAGUUUUGUACAGGACGAGAAUGCAAAGGCUAGGAUCUCCAUCGUUAGUGGGAUCGUCUUCAUCAUCACAGGGAUUCUCGUUCUCAUUCCAGUGUGCUGGACCACAAAUGCUGUUGUCAGGGAAUUUUACAACCCUACCAUUCCAGAUGGCCAAAAGAAGGAACUGGGACCUUGCCUUUAUAUCGGGUUUGGAAGUGCUGCACUGCUCAUUGCAGGAGGAGCUCUCCUCUGUAGCUCAUGUCCACCAAACGAUGAGACUCCCUAUCAUGUGAAAUACUCUCCUGCCAAGUCUACAAUGAGCAGCAACAAGGUUUAUGUGUAAGACGGACACGCAUUUGGUUUUCGGAUGUUUUUGAGGACUGGUAAAAUGAUCAGACGGCAACUUAAUCAAAGAACUUCUUAGCACUAUAGAGUGUGUGUGUUAGUGGUUAUCAGUGCUAUUAAAAGUGGUAAGUGCUACUAGAAAUGUAGCUUGCUAUAUAUUGUUUCUGCUUCUGCUGUAGCAGCAACAAUGUUUAUGAUUUGCAUUUGUGAAGGAAUCAGGCUUCUUGAUUUGCCUGAAUUACAUAUUACAAAAAAGUUUGGAAGUAUGAAGGUAGUUUUUUUGUCAGUGGGAAUUUGUAUGUCAUCAGUACAGAGUUGAAAAUUCCUGAUAACAAAUAACACAAUAAGCAUUUUUGUUUCCAUGUGACCUUGGUGGUUUUCCGUUUCCAUUAUUAUUGUAUUUGUUUUAUUGUUGAGAAUAAGUAUGGAUUUUUACUUGCAUAUUAGUUGCACACAAACAAGCAGAUAGCAUUUGUCCUGUCACUUCUGCAAUAUUUUCACUUUUCACACAGGAUUAAAAUUUGAAAGCUGCCGUGUAUAAAUACGUUCGGGGGUAAGGUUUGGAAGAGAAGUUAUUCCUCAUUUAUACAGAUGUCCCAUUCAAGCCAACAGGAAAAUUUAAUGUUUAUUUCCCCUCUCAUUGAUUAAACUAAGCUUGUGGUCAUUUUUGUUAUUAAGCUAAACUAAAUCAGAACUAUUCUCAGUCUAAGCAAGAAUUUUCUAAUGAGUUGAAUUUA